AUGGGUGAUGUUGAGAAGAACAAGAUUUUUGUUCAGAAGUGUGCCCAGUGCCAUACUGUGGAAAAGGGAGGCAAGCACAAAACUGGGCCAAACCUCCAUGGUCUGUUUGGGUGGAACACAGGUCAGGCUGUUGGAUUCUCUUCCGUAGAUGUCAACAAGAACAAAGGCAUCACCUGGGGAGAGGAGACGCUGAGGGAGUACUUGGAGGAUCGCAAGAAGUACAUCCCUGGAACAAAAAUGAUCUUUGUCAGCAUUAAGAAGGGAGAAAAGGAAGACUUGAUAGCUUAUCUCAAAAAAGCUGCUAAUGAAUAG